AUGGACGAUUAUGACUUAUAACAAUUAGAUUUAAGCAAGAUUUCAUCUUAUAAGUCCACUCUCAAUGUUCAACUCAUAAGAACAGUUAAUAAGUUAGCUGGUAUAAGAAAAAAGAGAAUAGCUUUAUAGAGCUAACAAUCAUAGUAUGGCUAGGAAAAUAAGGAUCAAUCAUUUGAAGUAAUAGAUGAAAUCUAGCAAAUUCAAGAAGUGAAACCAAUAGCGUAAAAGCUUGAACUAGAUUAAAAAUUUGACUAAAACGAAGAGGAGCAAUUGAUAUCUAAUAAAAUUGAAGCAAUAAGAGAAAAUAUGAUACUCAAUGAAAGAAUUUAAUAGCAGACAGAACAAAAAGCAAAAUAAAUUCUAGAAUAAUAUGAGAUUGAUUUACAGGUAAAAGGUUAAGAGUUUAAAAGCAAAUUCUUGACUUAAAUCAGAGGAGAUGGAAAUCUUACAUUUGACUUUGAAGGUAAGCCAUUGGCAGUAAGAUAGCCAAUUUUGCGACCACUUAAGGAUGAGAGCACGCCAACAUUGAUCAAGGAAGAAGUCACGUUAUAACUACAACAUUUGAGUCUGGUAAAGGUGGGAAUUAGUAGCAAUAGGUAUUAGUUUACAAUUUGA